UGGAAGGGAAAAUAGCAAAGAAAAACCCAAUGAGCUCCUCAACCGUUAUAUCUAUUCCAAAUGGGCAUGGGGUUGCUCCUCAGGAGAGGAAACCUCGGUUUUCUUUUCCUUCUAUCAGUUCCUUUCUCAGAGAAAAGGGUCAGUAUGACAGCAUCAAGCUUAUUCACAGCAUCAAAGUUGGAAUCUCCCUUGUUCUGGUUUCCCUCCUCUAUCUCCUUAAGCCACUCUAUGACCAAGUUGGGGAGAAUGCCAUGUGGGCUAUCAUGACUGUUGUAGUUGUCUUCGAGUUCUUCGUAGGUGCCACACUUUGUAAGGGCGUAAACCGCGGAAUUGGGACUGUAGUAGGUGGGGGUUUUGGGCUUGCAACAGCCGUUAUAGCUGAAGAUGCUGGUGAAAUGGGCAACGCCAUUGGUGUUGCUAUUGCUGUAUUUUUAUGUGGAACUGCUGCAACCUAUGUCCGGUUGCUCCCAAGUAUUAAGAAGACAUGCGACUAUGGAGUCAUGAUCUUCCUCCUCACAUUCAAUCUAGUCGCGGUAUCUGGUAUUCGCGGAGAAACCGUUGUACAACUAGCCCGUGCGCGGCUCUCAACAAUAGGGAUAGGUUUUGGUGUCUGCGUCUUCACAAGCUUAUGCAUCCAUCCCAUGUGGGCCAGUGAUGAACUUCAUAACUCUGUGGCCUCUAGAUUUGAAGCUCUUGCUUGCUCCAUUGAUGGCUGUUUGGGGGAAUACUUUAAACUAGUUGAAGAAAAGGAAAACCAAACCGGCGGGGUCAAUUUCAGUGGAUGCCAAUCUGUGUUAAACUCAACAGACAAGGAUGAUAUGCUGGCAAAAUUUGCGCGAUGGGAACCAUGGCAUGGAAAAUUCGGGUUCUCCCAUCCGUGGGAGAAGUACUUAGACAUUGGAAAAGAACUUAGGGAAGCGGCUGCAACCAUCUUUUCACUGAAAGGGUGUCUUCAGUCCCCUAGACAACCCUCAUCAACCCUGAAGCAGUCGAUGAGAGAACAAUGUGAAGAGCUCGGUUCCUCGCUAGCAUCGUCUCUGAGAGAGCUUGGAGACAGCAUCAAGACAAUGAGAAAAUGCAGGCCGAGGUUCCUGAUUGUGUCCAAGUUGCAGUCAAAGAGUGAAGAGCUAAACCUUCUGAUGUCUCCCUCCAAGCUAGGAGCCCUAAAGAAUGAUGAUGGUCUGGCAAUUGCAAGCUUUGUUUUCCAGCUGAUGGACAUAGUUGGACAGGUUGAAGUAUUAGCAAAGAAGGUGGAGGAACUUGGAGAACUGGCGAAAUUUGAAACCAAAUAGCUAUAGCUAUAGCCAUUUUUUAAUAGCACGAUUAGCAGUUGUGCUGUAUACAAACCAUUAAAGCCAUUUUUUGGCUUGGUAGAUAUACACAUGUUCAGUGAGAAAAAAAAUGGAGCUUCUCUUGAGAAAUGGCUAUAUCAUUUACCAAUUGGUAGAUAAAGAUAAAAAAAAAAUUGUAAAAGAGGCA